ACUUUUUUCCACAGAAUGGGACAAAACCAGGGCAAGGAGGGGGAGCUAGGGCAGGACAACAGCUCUGCAGGACUAGAGGAAAAGGGACCAAGCCCAGACCCUGGGGGGGCAAAAGAGGAAGGAAAUCUAACCAUUGAAACUCAUGGUGUCGGGAAAGAUGAGGAGAACACAGCCGGUGGAGGGUUGGACGGAGGCCCAGGCAGGGAGUCACCAUCACCUACACCAGUGCACGGUUUGGAUUCUCAUGAUAAGGUGUGCGCUCCCACGGAUGGGGGGGUUGCCGAGGGAGGAGAUGGCGUGAAGGAGGGAGGAAGAAAGAGUAGUGAGGAAGGCAGGGCUGGACCGCUGGCUCCACAGCAGCUGAAUGGAAUCGCACAGUCUGCCAGUGAACCAGACCACGAGAGAAAAGACUUGGAGAGUACACAAGAACACCGUCAGGGGAACUUUAGGUGUGACCUUCCUGCUAAGGACAAAGUUGAAAGCGUUUGCAAAGGAGAAAACAAGAGUAAGAAGUGCGCUUCACAUGUAAAGAACGAAAUGGAGUCUGUCUGUGGAGAUGACGACAAGCUAAAGAGCCAGGAGGAGGACAGAAAUCUCGAUUGUCAAGCUACCUGUGAUAUUACAGGGCCUACCUUGCAGAUUCUGGAAGAGAAGGACAGCAACAGAAAUGUUCACUUCACAGUCCAAGACCAAGCGUUAGUCAUUACAGAAAACAAGCUGAAGACCAGCAUGACUGAAUCGCAAAACAAGAAGCUGAUUAACAAGCCCACAACAUCAAACCUCGUGUUGAACUCACAAGCGGAAACAUCAAAGGACAUCACUGAGGCAACUGAGCACAGCAAUGAAGAAAUACAGAAGAAGCUGCCAGAGAAGAACGUUGAAACCCAAGGGUGGUCAGUGAAGGGUGUCUACGGAGCCAGAGAACCAGAAACCUCCAGCGCUGAACGCUCGUCCCUGAUGAAUGUAGACACCCAGGGGCGGUCAAUGAAGGAUGUCUGUAGAGCCAGAGAAAACGUUACGGGGCGUCAGCCAACAGAUGAUGUCAUAAAGACCAGAUUUACUAGUUCAUCUCUGGCAGGUGCGGAUUUACCAUGCAAAGCUGUCAGUCUGAACCUAGAGGACCUCAGCGCCUUAGAAGUGGCAUCCAAGAAGAGCUAUCGACAAAUAUCUGCGGGUGAAUUCACACAGGACGAGCUUCAGAAAGAAAGACAAUUUAAUGUGUCAGACUCGGAGAGCCCUUGGACCAAGGAACCUUCACUUGGGAGAUCACCCGCUGGAGGUCAUAAAAAUAAAGAUGGCAUGAGAGAGACCGAAGAAAGAGAAAAUCUGGAAUCUGCUUCAAAGGGUCCCUAUCAUUCCCAUGCAAAGAAAACCCAGAUAAAAGAUCUUUCUCUGCGUGGAACAGAAACGGAAGAGGGUUGUUUUGUGACAUCUAAUAUUGCCAGUGUAGGAACGCGGGGUGAAAACAAACCACGGCUACAAAGCUAUGAAGAUGAGAAAUGUAUUGCAUUCUCCGAAGACAUUACAGAUUCGAACCCCCCUUGUAAAUAUGAUGUUCAAGUUAUGCAAAAAAAUGAAAAAGAGGAUUUCCCUCUUUCAGCAAAGGCCAAAGUACACACAGAGAGAAGUCUGGAAUGGUUUCUGGCUGAAGCAGUGAUAAAACCCCUUCCAGAGACAGUGAAGGAUACUACACGUGAGAUGGAUCCAGAAUGUUCCUCUUCUGUAAGUGCAGUGAUUGAUGUAGAAGAUCCUACAAAACAACAGAGGAUUGUGGGAAACGCUAACUCGGGCAACAUGACAUCAUCAGAGAGAGACAAGGUCAGCAAGUCUACUAUCAGCUUGCGUAAGGAAACAUCUGCAACUGGUUCCAUCUCUGAGCUCAUUGCUGAUCCUGAGACAACAUCAGGUUGCAUAAAUGAUAGGCCAAGUGUGGUCAAGAAAACAGAAGUCACUCUGUCUGGUUCUUUUCCGCUUCGAGAAAAAUGUUUUUUGAAGGUUUCAACAAAUGCGUCAACCCAUUCCACUUUAAGCCUGACAGACUUAUCCGGUCAGGUCCGGGAUGGUUGUGCUGCUGGAGCUGCUUUAGCAGACAAUGCAGCAAACACAUCUGCUGCACAAGAUGUGCAACAUUCCUCCUCCAUGUGCAACCUUAUAAGUAUGCAAGCUAACGAGAAACAAGAUAAAGAGCAGAACAAGCUGUCGACAAAAUCAAAUUGUUGUGUGUUAGAGGAGAAACAUUCAAGCCAGCUUGACCAAAAGCACGCAAUGGAAAGCAGCCCAACUGCCAUCAUGGAAGCACCACAGGGUGCACAGAAAAGACAUGUUUCUGAUAUGAUAAAGGAAACUAUUGAGUUGCAGAAGAAGAUGAAGGAGUGGACCAAGCCAGCUGAGGCCCGGGUCGAUCUGACCUUAGAUCCAACACAGUCUGUGAAAGUGUCACAGAUGAAAGCAGCAUUUGAUCCACCGAAGAAAUCACCUGAGAAAGCACUAGAGAGAAAACCUUCAGUAAGAAAAGAUAUGUUCAAACGGGUUGUGCGACAGAGUAAGUUCCGGCAUGUGUUCGGCCAGGCGGUGAAGAACGACCAGUGCUAUGAUGACAUCAGGGUGUCCCGGGUCACGUGGGAUAGCGCCUUCUGCGCGGUCAACCCCAAAUUUGUUGCCAUAAUUGUGGAAGCCAGCGGAGGAGGAGCGUUCAUGGUUUUGCCUCUUCAUAAGUCGGGCCGUAUAGAUAAGGCCUACCCUACAGUAUGUGGCCACACUGGCCCUGUUCUGGACAUUGACUGGUGCCCUCACAAUGACCAGGUCAUCGCUAGUGGAUCUGAAGACUGCACCGUGAUGGUGUGGCAGAUCCCAGAGAAUGGUUUGGUGACCUCCAUGUCAGAGCCAGUGGUGGUGCUGGAGGGUCAUUCUAAAAGAGUGGGAAUCGUUACCUGGCAUCCCACCGCCCGCAACGUCCUGCUCAGCGCAGGCUGUGAUAAUGUGGUUAUCAUCUGGAAUGUGGGGACUGGAGAGGCCAUGAUCACCCUGGAGGACAUGCACCCUGACAUCAUCUUCAGCGUCUGCUGGAACCGCAACGGCAGUCUCAUCUGCACCGCCUGCAAGGACAAGAAGAUCCGAGUCAUCGACCCGCGCAAGGAGGAGAUCAUUGCGGAGAAGGACAAGGCUCAUGAGGGUGCCAGGCCCAUGAGAGCUAUUUUCCUGUCUGACGGCAAAGUGUUCACCACUGGUUUCAGCCGCAUGAGCGAGAGACAACUCGGCCUCUGGGAUCCGGACAAUAUGGAGGAGCCAGUUUCUGUCCAUGAAAUGGACACCAGUAACGGAGUCCUCCUGCCCUUCUAUGAUCCAGAUACUAACGUGGUCUACCUGUGUGGAAAGGGUGACAGCAGUAUCCGUUACUUUGAGAUCACAGACGAAGCUCCUUUUGUCCAUUACCUCAACACCUUUACCACUAAAGAGCCUCAGAGGGGCAUGGGAUACAUGCCCAAGAGAGGGCUGGAUGUCAACAAGUGUGAGAUCGCAAGGUUUUACAAACUGCAUGAGAGAAAGUGUGAACCUAUCAUCAUGACCGUGCCAAGAAAAUCGGACUUGUUCCAGGAUGACCUUUACCCUGACACGGCGGGUCCGGAGGCCCCCCUGGAGGCCGAGGAAUGGAUUGAAGGGAAGAACGGAGAUCCUAUCCUGAUAUCCCUGAAACAUGGAUACAUCCCAGGCAAGAACCGUGAUCUCAAAGUGGUCAAGAAGAACAUCCUAGACAACAAGAUGAGCAAGAAUACAGAGAAUACUGCCCCUGCCGUCAAGACUGCCACCUCCACACCAUCUAUCAAAAGUGAAGCUAAGCUGGAAGAGGUUUUGAAAGAAAUGAAAUCUCUCAGAGAGCUGGUCAGCAGUCAGGAAAAAAGAAUUGCCAAACUUGAGGAGCAGCUGUCUAAAAUGGACAUCUAAUGGACCCUGAUCCCUUCCCCUUCUUCUAUUCAGGAUAUCCCAUUGGCCAGGUGGGCGGGACCCGUCACUGCCAAUCACCAUGACAGCGUUCCGUCUGAAGCCUGCCUUGAAAAGACUCCAACCAACAUUCCAAGAUGAUACUUUUUUUUUUUUUUUUGCAAUCCCCCAAAACCUGUUUAUACCUCGUAGCCAUUUGGAAAACUAGAAACACCUUCAGUUUCUCUCAAAAUUGGACCUGUUUAGCUUUUUACUCAGUCUCACUCCAAAUCUUUCUGCAGCGGCUAUGUUUUAUCUGGUGUUCUUGAAAGGUCUUAAGUUUUUUGUUUUGUUUUUCUUAUUAAAAUCGUGACCAAGCAGAUUGCAUCAUGAAGCAGUUACAUGAACUUGAUGAGCUCAAAGUUUGAAGUAGCCAUUAGUAUUGCAGUUCCCCUCUCACCCUUCUGAGUUGCCAAAUUUAAUGAGGAGUUAUGCACCUCCCUGACAGUAUUUGACUAGCUUUUUAUUUUGUACUUUGUAAAAGGGACAAAGCUAUAUGCUAGUAAUGCAAGGAGGGGAAAUCAUUGGAACCAUUCAUCAAUGUUAUAGGUGUCUUUCUAGAGAAUACAAAACAUUAAGAUUUUAAUCAAACAUGUAGAGUUGACAAAUUUACAAACCAGUACUGGAAACCAAUAUAGGUGCACUAAAAUAUUCCACUUUUUUUUUUUUUUUUUUAAUCCGGUACAAUGUAAAAGUAUUAAAAUAUUAAUUAGCAAAAUAAUCAAAAUAAUUGUGGUUCUGAUGGUGGCCAUAAAUACAGCCAAUGUGUACUCUACUCACAACUCCAAACAUAUUCUUGAUAUCAAACAUUGCUCGUCAUCAUAAGGGUAAUAAUACAAGCAAAUUGAGUCCGUUUUUUCCCCUUUCUAGUUUCAACAUAUCUGAAAUUUUCUUCAUUCAUGUUCUGUUUCCUGAAUGAAGCCAGAACCAGUACGUGUCUCACUUUGUAAACUCUAGAAGCUCCCAGCUUCUAGUUUCACAUCCCAAAACAUGAUGAUAUAAGCUCAGAACAUGAUAAUGCCCAUAGAUGCUCAUUAGCUUUAGCAGCAAAACUCUGUUGCUUUGCCAGCUCGAUAGCUUUUACUCUGACUGUAUUCAGACAUCGUUCAGGUCUAAGGAACACCGUCAGGUUUGCUUUGCUUUCUCAUUAAUUCCUACGAAUCCCAUCUCGAGUUGUGCCGGCCACAUCAUCUCAGAAACGAGCUUGUUUGAUGUACAUACUUUUGCUGUGCAUUGUAGACAGUGACUACCAGCACAAUAAUGAGUCAUGAUUGGCUUCCUUUAAUAAGAUCUUUUGCGAUGCACUGUCUCUUUCGCUCUCCAAGUCAAGCAGAACCAGUUCUCUCCAGGGAUGGCUCAGGUCUAGAUGAUGAUUUCACGAAUGGGUGCCACAAGUUUGAGCUGAUGACAACUGGAUUUUUUUGUUUGGUAAUCUAUUGGCCAUGUCAGGAAGAGCGGAAACUGAUUCUGUUGUUCAGAUUGCUUUGGCUACAUCCUUUCUCAGAGCGUUCUCUUGUGGUUUUCGUUUUGAUGCUCCUAUAUAUCUGGUUUCGGUUUGCAGCACUGCCUAGUGCCUCUUUCAUAGAUUCUGAAAAGCAUCUUCCCUCCUCCACAUGCUUUUUUGUCUAAAAAAGGGAGCGUCUUCUCACCUCAGAAACAUUAUAUGACUUACAGAGAACUUCAUUGGAAACGAGGCUUCAGAUCUGUGUCUGACACCGACAACUCAGUACCUCUGAUGUCAUUCUCUCUUUCACACUGUCUUUUCUUAGUGAAGUUUUAAAGUGAAGGGUUUGAAAAUGUAGGGGCCGUGUUUAUGGGUACAGAUGGAUCCAUUUUGAGUGUUUAAGUGGCCUCAGGAGGCAUCUGUGAUGCAGCCUCGAGCGUGUGCUUUUAAAGGAAUGAAUGAUUGAAGUGAAAAGGGAUUUUUGUAGGUUGAAAAGAUAAUGCAGGUGAUUUAUUUUGAUGCUUUGUAAAUAUAUUUUUUUUUAGUUUUCCUUUACAUUUUUUGUUUUUUUCCUACUUUUGUUAUUUCCUUGACCUUUACUGUUUGUCCAUCAUUUGGAGUUUGAAGGUUUUAAAGAAUGCCCCAUUUUCCCGCAUCAUUAUGCACACUGUGAGCCUUUAAUAUUUCCAGUGAUAAAAUGAAAAGAAUCGAAAGGAAGGAGAUCUAGAAAUUCCAUUUUGUGCAUAACUGUUCCAUUUUUUGUUCAUUCAUCUGCUUCAAGUAUAAAGAGUCUUACUGAUUACCAGAAAAAUAAAAAAUAAACUGAA